GGGAACUACAAAUCAAGGCAUGCUGGGAACAUUCCCCUGCUCCUCCCAGGAAAUGUCCUUUGUCCAGCCCUACAGGAAGCCCCAGUGAGGAGUCAGCCGGGCAGCCAGCCAGUCUGCCAGCCAGCCCGCCGCGGUCGCUGCAGCUGCCGCCGCCGCAGCACAAGGGCAGACGCGCCGCGGCGCGGGGCUCGGACCGGGGCGCUCGGUGCCCUCGCUCCUCGCGGCGCCCGCCGCCGCGCAGGGAUCCCUGGUCACCUCCCUUGUCCUGUUCUUCCCGGAUGGAACAAGAAGAUAAACAGGGCAUGUGUGAAGCCCAGGACUCAGCAAACAAAGGGAUGGGCUCCGAUUUUGAGAACUCUGAAGACAGAGAAGGGGACCCAGAAGAAAGAGGAAUGAGCUCUAAUCCACAGGACGCAGACAAGAGAGAAGGCCACCCAGAGCAGGAGAUGGGCUCCCACCCACAGGAGGAAGCUCUAAGAGAGGACUCAGAGGAGAGGGAACUCGUGUCUGACAUCUGCACAGAGAGGCUGCUGAGUGAGGAAGAGGGAGCUCUCCGCGAGGAAGAGGAUGACCAACCCGCUGUAGCUGAGAUGGCAAUGUUCCCAGGACUGUCAGAGUCCGACAGCAUACCCCGGAGCCCCCCUGAAGAGGAGGAGGAGGAGAGUGCUGGCGAGAACCGCCUAGAGGAGGAAGAAGCGCAGCCGCCCCCUCCCGUGCUUCCCUGGAGGCGGCACCUCUCCCUGGGCGGCCGGCAUCGGGGCGACAAGCCCGCUCACCGCCGCUUCCGCCGGCUCCACCACCCCAUGGCCGUGGACCUCGGAGAGCUCGACAGCCUGAUGGCCAGCAUCAUGGACGCGCCCACCAUCUGCCCUGACUGCGGGGAGAGCUUCAGCCCGGGCGCCGCCUUCCUGCAGCACCAGCGCAUUCACUGCCUGGCGGAGGCGGCCGCCGCGGCCAGCCUGGAGCCCUUCGGCUUCGCGGGCGAGUGCGGCGCGGUGGUGGGCAUGAUGGGCAUGGGCGUGGCGGGGGGCUUCGGGGCGGGGCCCGCGCUGGCCCGGCCCCCGCGCGAGAAGCCUUUCCGCUGCGGCGAGUGCGGCAAGGGCUUCAGCCGCAACACCUACCUGACCAAUCACCUGCGCCUGCACACGGGCGAGCGGCCCAACUUGUGCGCCGACUGCGGCAAGAGCUUCAGCUGGCGCGCCGACCUGCUCAAGCACCGGCGCCUGCACACGGGCGAGAAGCCCUACCCGUGCCCCGAGUGCGGCGAGGCCUUCAGCCUCAGCUCCCACCUGCUGAGCCACCGGCGCGCGCACGCGGCGGCCAGCGGCGCGGGGGCGGCGGCGCUGCGGCCCUUCGCCUGCGGGGAGUGCGGCAAGGGCUUCGUGCGCCGCUCGCACCUGGCCAACCACCAGCGCAUCCACACGGGCGAGAAGCCGCACGGCUGCGGCGAGUGCGGCAAGCGCUUCAGCUGGCGCUCGGACCUGGUGAAGCACCAGCGCGUGCACACGGGCGAGAAGCCCUACAUGUGCUCCGAGUGCGGCGAGACCUUCAGCGUCAGCUCGCACCUCUUCACGCACAAGCGCACGCACUCGGGCGAGCGGCCCUACGUGUGCCGCGAGUGCGGCAAGGGCUUCGGGCGCAACUCGCACCUCGUGAACCACCUGCGCGUGCACACGGGCGAGAAGCCCUUCCGCUGCGGCCAGUGCGAGAAGCGCUUCAGCGAUUUCUCCACGCUCACGCAGCACCAGCGCACGCACACGGGCGAGAAGCCCUACACGUGCAUCGAGUGCGGCAAGAGCUUCAUCCAGAGCUCGCACCUGAUCCGCCACCGCCGCAUCCACACCGGCAACAAGCCGCACAAGUGCGCCGGCUGUGGCAAGGGCUUCCGCUACAAAACGCACCUCGCGCAGCACCAGAAGCUGCACCUGUGCUAGGGCUGGGCCCCAGGGGGCCUGCCCUCUGUCCGCGGAGCAUGUGGGGAGUAGAUGUCUGGGGAC